AUGGCUGUCAGCGUUGCAAAGCACUGUGAUGAAACCAGACCACACUGCCGAAAUUGCACCAACCAUGCGAUUGAUUGUCUGUACUCCAAGGAGGUAAUCAGCAGAAGGGCGACCCCUAUGUCUACUCCACCAUCGGCGGAGUCUCUACAUGCGGAUAACUCGCCAUCCGUUGCGGCCAACACCAUUGGCUCAAACAGUAAUGCUAGUGCAUACGGUCAAUCUGCUGACAUGGGAAUGGCAAUGGGAAUCUCAGAAAUGGAGCUGCUUCACCAUUACUCAACAUCCACAUGCUACACGAUUUCUCGCCUUCCGGUGCUCCAAACAGUAUGGCGAAUCAGAGUUCCCCAGUUUGGAUUCUCUUUUCCAUUUCUUCUUCAUGGCAUCCUUGCCUUAUCAGCCCUGCACCUGGCUUAUCUGAGGCCCGAGCUUCAUGCACACUAUGUCACACAGGCCGAGUUUCACCACAGCCAGGCCCUGCAGAUGGUCUCCGCUAUCAUCCCAACUAUGAACAAGGAAAAUGCUAGUGCAAUUUAUCUGUUUUCAUCCAUUGCAUGUAUCAUCUCCUGUGCAAAACCUCGAGUGACACAUGAAUUCUGGAUGAUCGGCGAUCGGGAUAUUGAGUGGUUAUCCUUAUUCCGUGGUACCCGCUCCAUCAUUGCAGCAGCAGAAGAUACCAUCAAAACCGGAGUCCUCUCGCCAAUUUUCAAGAAUGGAAAUUCGAGAAGUCGUGCCCGGAACGCCAGAUCGACUUCAAACUUGACCUACUUGAAUGAUUUGCGACAACUUCUCAGGGACAACGUGCCGAAUACGGAAGAACUUAAUUGCUACUUUGACGCCAUACAUGACAUGAGCAAAUCAUUCGCAUCUGUGGAAGAAGAUGGCUUUGAGAACUGCCAGACGGCUGAUGUAUUUGUCUGGCUCUUACAGAUAUCCGACGAAUAUUUAAAUCUGCUUCGGCAACGAAAGCCCGAAGCUCUGGUCAUUUUCUCAUAUUUCUGCGUGAUCACUCACUACCUUGAAUGGGCCUGGUGGAUGCAAGGCUUGAGCCAUCAUAUGAUACGAAGUAUAUACCAUUGCCUGGACGAGGAGCACCGCUGCUGGCUACAAUGGCCCAUGGAGCAAUUGGGUUGGGUUCCGUAA